CUCUAACUCACCUAUGCCUUCUUUCAGUUUCUUUGUAAAUCUACUUCCAUUUGAAGACGUUUCACAAUACUCGUCGGACUGACUCACCGACUGCUUCUAUCACCGAGAUCGAGGCAAAUCGUUGUACCGGGAAUGGCUCUCAGGCUGGUAACUAGGAAUCUCAGGAACAGGAUUUCGCCUAAGCUAUGUUCUGCAUCUUUGUUACAUUCACACGCCACGAGUUUUGUGUUAAAUUUUCAGGGUUUAAAGAAGUACGAGAAGAAGAAAAAAGCCAAAUGGUUGGUAAAGUCUUUAGCAAUGUUGCUUCAAACUACGAUCUCAUGAAUGACUUUAUGAGUGCUGGACUACAUAGACUGUGGAAGGAUAGACUGGUCUCCGAACUGAGCCCAUUUCCAGGAAUGAAACAUCUUGAUGUAGCUGGUGGAACUGGUGAUGUUGCUUUCAGGAUUCUGGAAAUUGUUAACAGCAUCAGACGCAGAGCAUUACAAGAUCCAAUCAACGAUGACUUACAGGAAGAAACUCGGAUAUAUGUAUGUGACAUCAACCAAAACAUGUUAAACAUUGGAAAAAAUCGUGCCAUAGAGAGAGGUCUUGGAGAAGCCAAAUCCCUUGUAUGGGUGCAAGGAGAUGCAGAAGCCCUGAGUUUUGAAGAUAAUUCAAUGGAUGGUUACACCAUUGCAUUUGGAAUUAGAAAUGUCACCCACAUAGAGAAAGUUCUCACUGAAGCUUAUAGGGUGUUGAAACGGGGAGGAAGAUUCCUUUGUCUCGAACUGAGCCAUGUUGAAAUUCCUGUGUUUAAGGAAUUGUAUGACAUUUAUUCUUUCUCUGUUAUCCCGCGACUAGGAGAGGUCGUUGCGGGUGAUAGAGAAUCUUAUCAGUACCUAGUUGAAAGCAUCCGCCGUUUUCCACCACAGGAAAAAUUCGCUUCAAUGAUUGCAGAUGCUGGAUUUCAGAAGGUCAAGUACGAGAAUCUUGUUGGGGGCGUGGUUGCCAUUCACUCCGGUAUAAAAAUUUAACUGCAAUUCUUCGUCCGACCUUCGUCGAUAAAUAAUUACUACCCGGAUUUUGCAACAAGCCGGUGCUGUUAUCUUGCUGAUGUUCGAUUUAGAUGGCAUGGCAUAGCGACAUGGAUUCGUGUCGAAAAGAAUGUUCAUCUUUCAGCUUUUUGAUAUUUCUACCAAUGUUACAAAACUAUCUGCAUUUGUACAGCAAUUGAUGUAGCGGAACGUAUUGGAUGCAAACUUUGAAG